ACCGGUUUCGAUCAGCUACACCAAGCGAUUGCGAAACACCUUAACACUACACCCCAAGCGAUCAAUCGCAUCCCACGAACCUCUCGCCAAACAUGUCAAGUUGUUCAGAGGAUCGCAAGUUUACACGAUCUACUGAGCGAUACAGUAGAACUGUUCAACGAGUGCUACUAUACCCAAGUAGUGCACGCCCUGACUGCCGCCUUCAAUUUCACCAUCUUUUCCAUAUUCAGUGUGAUCCAUUCGAAUGCCGGUCAAACGGACGAAGUCACGCUUCGGGUAACGUGGGUCAACGCCAUGUUCGAUGGAUUCUUUGUGGUGUACACACUGCAGCUGAUCGUGGCGGCCAGUAUCGUCAACGAAACGUGUAAGCGGUCGUCGGUAAUGAUCCAUAAGGCUGCAGCAUAUGGAAGGCACGAUCGACGGGUCGUCAAAGAGUUGGGGACUUUCUCGUAUCAACUGUACCAUCACACGCCGAAAGUCUCUUGCAGAUUGUUCGAUCUGGAUUGGACGCUGUUGUACACGAUGGCUGGAUCUUUUGCUACAUAUCUGGUGGUACUUUUGCAGUUUGAUCUGGCCAAUCUGAACGGUAUUUAACGUGAAGGUGCAUCGCGCUUACUUCCAACACAGAUAAUUGCUACUCGGCGUUUCCUACGAGUAAUUCGGCAAACCGCUAAAAUGAUCAAUCACGCAUUAUUUCUACUUUAUUUCUAUACAAAAAUUACCUAAACAUUAUUGAAUUAAAUUGUAAAACAAGCUCCUUUCUGUGUGAAGUUACCCGAAAUCUCUUAUCUGCGUUUUACCAUAUGUUUCCGAAUUAAAUGACUUCAUUUCCACAAAACAUUCUUCCUAUUUUGCGGGAAAUGGAACAGGUUAAACAAAUUCCUCAAAAACCUCAAAUUAAUUUCUUUCCAUAGUUACGAAUCAUAUCCUACCCGUGAAGCCUCGAGGUCUACUCCUUCAGCCUUUCGAUGUCGAUAACUGAUCCGAAAAAUCAAGAAGCAUUUAAAUAAAUAUCCUUGAUUCAAAUAGCUCU